CUGACAUCAGCCUUGCAGACUGGGGUCGCAAGGCCAUUGAGAUUGCAGAGAAUGAGAUGCCAGGGCUGAUGAAGAUGCGGGAGAUGUAUGCUGCAUCGAAGCCGCUGAAAGGUGCGCGCAUCGCCGGUUGCCUUCAUAUGACGGUGCAGACGGCAGUUCUCAUAGAGACCCUUAUAGCGCUGGGAGCUGAGGUACAAUGGUCAAGCUGCAACAUUUUCUCUACUCAGGACCACGCUGCAGCUGCUAUUGCAAAAGCUGGUGUUCCUGUGUUUGCCUGGAAAGGAGAGACCGAUGAGGAGUACUUGUGGUGCAUUGAGCAGACCCUGUACUUCAAAGAUGGGCAGCCCCUCAACAUGAUUUUGGAUGAUGGUGGAGAUCUUACCAACCUGGUUCAUACCAAAUACCCACAGCUCUUGAAAGGAAUCAGAGGUAUUUCAGAAGAGACAACCACUGGAGUUCACAACCUGUACAAGAUGAAGGCCAAUGGGACCCUGAAAGUGCCAGCUAUCAAUGUUAAUGACUCUGUCACAAAGAGCAAGUUUGAUAACCUCUAUGGUUGCAGAGAGUCUCUUAUCGAUGGCAUCAAACGUGCUACAGAUGUCAUGAUUGCUGGGAAAGUAGCAGUCGUGGCAGGUUAUGGUGAUGUGGGCAAAGGCUGCGCUCAGGCCCUGCGGAGCUUUGGAGCCAGAGUCAUCAUCACUGAAAUCGAUCCCAUCAAUGCACUGCAGGCAGCCAUGGAAGGUUAUGAAGUUACAACCAUGGAGGAGGCCUGCAAAGAAGGCAAUAUCUUUGUUACUACCACGGGCUGCACUGACAUCGUUCAGGGCAGGCACUUUGAGCAGAUGAAGGAUGAUGCCAUUGUGUGUAAUAUUGGCCAUUUUGAUGUGGAAGUUGAUGCAAAGUGGCUGAAUGAGAAUGCAGUAGAGGCGGUGAAUGUUAAACCUCAG